UUAUAGAAUCACGAGAGUUACGCUUUCCGUGCUUCUAGACCUAUACCAUAAGAGUGAACAUCAGAUAAAUGCCAUCACAUUCACAGUCAAUUACUAUACUUUAGUUGACCUAAAUAUGACUUCAUGGAAAAUGUCCAUCAGAUCAGGCUGAAUCAUGUCCAGAUCAGAUGUCACUACGGGUAAUGCACUUAAUUGUUGCUUCCUGAUGAGUGACGAAGCACGAGUAAUAUUUUUUACUUCUGUAUUGUAAUCAUCAUUUUGUUUGAGUUAAUCGCGUGUACGUGUCGAAAGCAUGGAUAAGAAUAGCAUAGAGAUGGAAUUAGAUAGUACGCAAGAUAAACCUGAAAUUCAGUCUUCCGUUGAUCCGUGGGAGCUACCAGAAUUUACCCAGACGGCCACUCCGUGGCGAGAGCUAUCCGUCAAAAGAAAAUUGAAACGUGUUACUAUCGGUAUUGGAAAAUUUUCCUCACUAACUGGCCUCAUAUAUCUAUUCAUAUGUUCGUUAACACUUCUCAGCUCAGCAUUUCGAUUGCUUGGUGGAAAAACUGCUGGAGAGGUGUUCUCCUCAGAUAGUUUGCUUGUUAAUCCAUUAGCUGGCUUAGUUGUUGGUAUUCUGGUGACUGUUGUGUUUCAAAGCUCUUCGACAACCACUUCAAUUGUUGUGGCAAUGGUUUCAUCUGAAAUACUGACUGUUGAGCAUGCAAUUCCAAUAGUGAUGGGUGCAAAUAUUGGAACAUCUGUUACAAACAUAUUAGUAUCACUUGGCCAUGCUGGUGAAAGGGAUCAGUUUCGUCGAGCAUUUGCUGGUGCUACAAUACAUGACGUUUUUAAUUGGCUGUGUGUUUUGAUUCUUCUGCCUUGUGAAGUUGUUUUUGGAUAUUUGUAUCAUUUAACAAAAUUAAUGACAAAAAAAUCGGGACUAAGUGGAGAUGAAGAAAGAAAGUUUGAGUUGUUUAAGAGAAUCACAAAGCCAUUUACAAAUUUGAUCAUUCAAAUCGACAACAAUGUUCUUGAACAGUUGGCAAAAGGUGAACUGGAAACAGAUAAAAGUCUCAUCCGAAGUUGUAAAGAUGUCUUAAAUAGUAAUAGCACCACAAACAAAACCACCACUCUCACUGAUCAAAAAAUGAAGCCAUGUAUAUUUAUUUUUCAUGAUACCGGUCUUUCUGAUACAAUUGUCGGCAUAAUUCUACUGUGCAUCUCUUUAUUUAUACUAUGUACGUGCUUAUUGGGUAUUGUAAAAAUUUUACACUCCUUAUUAAGUGGUCAUUUAGCGCAGGUUGUGAAACGGACAAUAAACGCAGAUUUUCCUGGAUUCUUCAAACAUCUGACAGGGUAUUUUGCAAUACUUGUUGGAGCUGGAAUGACAAUUUUGCUACAGUCUAGUUCUGUGUUUACAUCAACCUUAACACCACUGGUUGGCGUUGGAAUUGUUACAAUUGACAGAAUUUAUCCACUAACACUUGGUGCCAACGUAGGAACUACUGGCACAGCUAUCCUUGCUGCUCUUGCUUCAACUGAAAACUUCGACUCUGCCAUUCAAAUAGCGUUAUGUCACUUAUUCUUUAAUUUGAGCGGAAUUUUGAUUUUUUACCCCAUCUCAUUUAUGCGUAAGAUUCCAAUAAAACUUGCAAAAAAGCUAGGGAACAUUACCUCCAAAUACCGCUGGUUUGCUGUAUUGUAUUUACUUGUAUGUUUUUUCCUGUUCCCAGCAGCAAUGUUUGGACUAUCUAUUGCAGGAUUGCAAGUUAUGCUAGCUGUUCUACUACCGCUGAUCGCACUGCUUCUGUUUGUAAUUGUGCUGAAUGUGAUGCAAGUCAAAUGUGUUGAAAGACUCCCCAGUUUGCUUCAAACUUGGGAAUGGGUUCCAUGUUGCUUUCGGUCUUUAAAGCCAUAUGACAGGAAGAUAGAAAACUUUUUGAGAUUUUGUAGAACAUGUUGCCAUUGCAUAAACGUCAACAACAGAAAUAAUCCCAGCAUUGAACACUCAUCUGCUAUUUAAUUAAAGGGAAAGUUUCACUCUCUUUGUAUGUGCAAUUUGAAUAUCGAGAACUGUUAUGACAAUGUGCAGUUACAGAAACUGCCACGGACAUUGUGAAGCGAUUAUAAAAUAUAUAUUACCCUUAUUAGAAUGUGUCUAUUUUCAUAUAUAAACAUAUAUAAUGCACGUAUAGAUCUGAGAUAGCAGAGUUUAUAUAAAUACGAAAUUUGUUGAAAUCAACAAUGAUAUAUUUAACGUCUCAUUAAUAUAUACAACUUUUUCAGUUUUUCUAUUGAUGAUGGCGAGAUAAAAAAUAUGACGAAUUUUCACCUGCGCUCGUAUUGUGUUUGAAAAGCAAUAAUUUAGUAUUCCAAGAUAAAGCACACUAUAGAAUAGUUCAAUUGAAAAUAAGAUAAUGGGAAUUUACCCAAAUUCACCAGUAAUCGCAGCAAUGAAAACUGAUGGGAAUAUAUUUGUUCACAACAAUUGUA